GUUUUAAACACUUUUGACAUUUGCGAGGUUUGUCUAAACAAAAAACUGGGGUGUUUAAUGUUUGAAUAUUAUUAAAUAAUAAAUAUACCAAAUACAUUGAGAAUGUCAUCUCCACCGCCGACAAAGCCACCUCGAGGUGUUAAGCAAGGGAAAGAAACGAGUGGACUGCUCAUGUCGGUGAUUCGUACCUUGUCAGCGAGUGAGACAAAUGAGCAGCGAGAGAAGGAGAGAGCCAAGUUGGAGAAGGAGUACAAGAAGAGUGAUGCGAGACUGGAUGAGCUGGUAGCAGCUCACUCCCAAGAAAUAACUCAAGUGAUGCAGAGGUUCGCGAGCGCGGGCGCGGCGCUGGGCGCGUGCGGCGCGCACGGGUCGUCGUACCGGCUUUUCGUCGUCACAAUAAAUAUCAUCCGUCAUCUCACUCAUCACUCCCUUCUUGAUCAUAUCAUUUUUCACGCGAACCAACCAAUCUCUUUUUAG